AUUUUGUUAACUCCGCUAAGAGGCAAGAAUUCCCGACGCUGCAAAUUCGACUAAGGCCGCCGGAGGACGGCCAAUUGCUACACUGCACAUGGUAGCGGCGUUCAUCCCUUGUUGCUUGAACUUUUCCCCAAAACUUGGCCAUUUCAAUCGCCCUUUGAUCCACGCAGCGGUAUGUAAAAAUCACAGAGGCGUGAGGUUGAAAAGUUGCGGCGUUGCAAGGCCUCAAAUACUGUCGCCUGCAUUCGAAGAAGAGGAUGGCCUGCGAGUCUUUGUGCUGUCCGAUCUGCACACGGAUUACCAGGAAAAUAUGAAUUGGAUUAACUGCUUGUCUUCGGUCAAAUAUAGAGACGAUGUUCUUCUUGUUGCCGGAGAUGUGGCGGAGAGCUACAGUAAUUUUGUUUCAACAAUGGCUCUGUUGAAGGAUAAAUUUGAGCGCGUCUUCUUUGUGCCUGGGAAUCACGAUUUGUGGUGCCGUCGAGAGGGAGACAAUUAUCUUGAUUCACUUGAGAAGAUGAGCAAUGUUUAUGACGCGUGUAGUAGUCUUGGAGUUGAUACCAAUCCGGCGAUCUUGAAUGGAUUAGGAAUUGUUCCAUUGUUCUCUUGGUAUCAUGAGAGCUUUGACACAGAAAUGGACAUAGAAGGAAUCCGCGUUCCAUCCCUGGAGAUGGUAUGUAAAGACUUCCAUGCAUGCAAAUGGCCAGCAGAUCUUUCAAAUGAAGGUACUUCACUAGCAUUGUUCUUUGAUGCAAUGAAUGAAAAGAAUCAUUUAAUAAUCGAGGAGAUCCAGAGGACCUGCAGUCAAAUAAUUACAUUUUCUCACUUUGUUCCAAGGUUAGAGCUAUGUCCAGAAAAGAGGAUGCUAUUCUAUCCUAAACUCCCUAAAAUCAUUGGCUCGGAUUAUCUCGAGGAUCGUAUAAGAUCUAUACACAGGAGGAGUAAAGAAUCAAUUUCAGCAUGUCAUGUGUUUGGCCAUACCCAUUUUUGCUGGGAUCAAACAAUUGAUGGCAUCAGAUACGUCCAGGCACCAUUGGCUUAUCCCAGAGAACGCAAGAGGAGGAUGAAUGGUGGUGAAGAUUGGCUUCCUUUUUGCAUUUAUUGCAACGGCAGGUUCGCUCAUAAACUCACCCCUUGUUACUGGUCUGAUUAUUAUGCUGCUAAUGCAAGAUCACCCAAUAACACUCAACUUGCUCCUUGGGUUUCCAAAUUCUAUGGAAGAAAAUGAAAGAACAAUGUAUUAUUAAUUUAUUACUUUGAUGAACAUAAAGAACUAAAAUGAUUGAUUGUUGAA